UGAUUUGUGACAGCGACCACACCGCAUCGCAAGGCCAGCCGAGCCCGGCUCAACGCGAGUCCACACACACGCCCCCACCCACCCACGCACACCACUCCUCCCUCCCCCUUCGCCGCCGCCCGCCCGAUCCGGCCGCGGAGGACGCCGCGGGUCGCCCCGCCAUGGACCAGUACGAGAAGGUGGAGAAGAUCGGGGAGGGCACGUACGGGGUGGUUUACAAGGGCAAGGACCUCCACACCAACGAGACGAUCGCGCUCAAGAAGAUCCGCCUCGAGCAGGAGGACGAGGGCGUCCCCUCCACCGCCAUCCGCGAGAUCUCCCUCCUCAAGGAGAUGCACCACCGCAACAUCGUCAGGCUGCACGACGUCGUGCACAACGACAAGUGCAUAUACCUCGUCUUCGAGUACCUCGACCUCGACCUCAAGAAGCACAUGGACUCCUCCCCGGACUUCAAGAACCACUGCAUAGUCAAGUCCUUCCUCUACCAGAUUCUUCGGGGCAUCGCGUACUGCCACUCGCACCGCGUGCUCCACCGCGACUUGAAGCCACAGAACCUGCUGAUAGAUCGCCGUACCAACCUGUUGAAGCUCGCUGACUUUGGAUUGGCAAGGGCGUUCGGCAUUCCUGUUCGGACUUUUACUCAUGAGGUGGUCACACUUUGGUAUAGAGCACCUGAAAUUCUUCUUGGUGCGAGGCAUUAUUCUACCCCAGUUGAUGUGUGGUCAGUUGGUUGCAUUUUUGCUGAAAUGGUGAACCAGAAGCCUCUUUUCCCUGGGGAUUCUGAGAUUGAUGAACUGUUUAAGAUUUUCAGAAUAUUGGGCACUCCAGAUGAAGAAACUUGGCCUGGAGUUGCUUCGUUACCGGAUUACAAAUCAACUUUCCCGAAGUGGCCAUCUGUGGAUCUUGCAACAGUGGUCCCAACACUUGAACCUGCGGGAAUUGAUCUUCUAUCCAAAAUGCUACGUCUAGACCCGAGCAAGAGGAUCAAUGCCCGGGCAGCCCUCGAGCACGAGUACUUCAAGGACCUCGAAAUAGCAUAGUAGAUCAGUCAUGCCCGCCCCCACCCCCUCUGUACAUUAAGAUUGCAUUGCUUAGCCCGGCCGAGUCCCUCCUUUUUGGCUGCUGCGUUAAUCUAAGAUGGUGUCUGGUCCUAUUGACUUGUGGUUGUGUAGAGAAAUGAGAACAGAAGGCUAUCUAUCCUGGUAUCCCUCAAUGUAAGUCUUGACCCAAAUUGAGAGAUCCUUGUGCCAUUGGAGAGCCCCAUGUCUGCUAUUUUGCUCGCUUAUGUGUCGGGCGCUGUGGACUUUUCUCGUGCCCUGAAUCCUGAUGCUGCUGAUGCCCACUUCUGUGCGUUAGCUGGUGCUAUACUUGGCUGUCUUUUGUCA